GGUGCCGGAUUCGGAGCUACGGAAAUCAGAAGAAAUAGAUGAAAACUAAACAAUCGUUCCAGCUUUUCAAGAGCAUCCUUCAUCCUUGUCUCGGGAAGCGCGUAGGUCUUUGCGAAUCUGUGCUCACUUAUAGUCGAGCUCAGAUUCGUCUUAAUUUGAGUUAGUGUUUGAAGAUAGAAAGAGAGCUCAAAAUAUUGUGGGUGCAUGAUCUUAGAGGCAUCGUGGGCUUCACUCAACGAUGUCUCGUGAUGCGUGCACCCAUUAGAAAGUUUGCGCAGAAUCGUGUAGCCGUGGUGCUGUGUCUGGAGGUCAGGUUCGAAACCACUCUACGUGACAGACUUCUCCUCUAAAUCUGAGCGAGGCCCUUUCUGAAGCUUUGGGCUCAACUUGGUUGUACUCAGAAGUUCUUAAGUUUCUCUAAGAUGACGAUUGGUGUUAUGGAGAAGGAGAGAAACAGCAGGAGGCUCACUUUGAUUCUUGUCAAUUUGGCUGCUGUUUUGGAGCGAGCCGAUGAGGCCCUUCUUCCCGCUGUCUACGACCAGGUGGGAAAAGCUUUUGGAGUAACACCUGCAGCAUUGGGUACAUUGACGUUCGUAAGAUCACUUGUGCAAGCGGCGGCAUCUCCUCUGGCAGCCUACUUGGCAAUUACAUGUGAUCGGAUCAUUAUUAUUGCAGUUGGCGCUUUGGCUUGGGGUAUCGCCACUGCCGCCGUAGGGGCGUGCACUGCUUAUUGGCAGGUGGCUAUUGUGAAAGCGUUCAACGGCAUUGGCCUUGCGAUGGUAGUUCCUGCGAUUCAAUCGCUAGUAGCUGACAUGCAUAGAGAGGGUGAACGCGGAUUAGGAUUUGGUUUUCUUCACGGAGCUGGCCAAGUUGGGACAUUAUUAGGUGGAGUUUUUGCCACGCUGUUGGGUGCGAGGACCGUAGGGGUUAUCGCUGGAUGGCGAUUUGCAUUCUUUUUGAUGGCCAUUGUGAGCGUGCUUUUAGCUGCUGCCAUCUACAUAUUCGCUGAAGAUCUUAAGCCACCUCCUCCUGUCGACUUAGUUAGUAACGAGCCUCUUGUUCAACGAGACGGCAAGACGGCACUUUUGUCUGGUUCACGACAAGAGAGUCAACUCAAACAGCUCUGGAAAGGGACAAAGAAAGUGUUGAAGGUUCCAACUUUCCAAGUCAUUCUAGGCCAAGGCCUUGCGGGCCAAGUUCCUUGGCAAGCAAUGUCAUUCACUACACUCUGGCUUGAGCUCCUCGGAUUUGGUCACACCCGGGCUGCCUUCCUUGUAGCGCUCCUCUCAGUUGGUAAUAUGCUAGGUUCUGUUUUCGGCGGCUGGUUAGGCGAUUUGGCUGCCCGGUAUUUUCCAAACGCAGGACGUAUCAUGUGCUCCCAGUUUUCAACUUUUGUUGGUGUUCCUUUAUCAGCAAUACUGUUACUGGCGCUGCCACAAAGUAUUACCUUCUCCUGGGCAUAUGGCUUGAUCUUCUUUUUCAUGGGCUUCUUGAUGUCGUGGAAUUCCCCAGCAACAAAUUGGCCAAUCUUUGCAGAAAUUGUGCCAACUGAGCUUCAUACAACAGUUUAUGCCGUCGAUCAGGCAAUUGAGAAAUCUUUGGCAGCUGCCGGCGCACCAUUGGUGGGAUUGCUAGCACAGACGUUUUUCGAUUAUGAGACAGGGAAGGGAAGCUUCACUCCUGAUUUGCACAAUGCCAAGGCACUGGCCAGGGGGUUGUUUGUGUUGAUAGCAUGCCCAUUCGUCAUAUGCUUCCUUGUCAUCUCGCUUCUCUACCGCACGUAUCCCAGAGAUAGAGACCGUGUGAAGGAGGCAGAUCCUUCUGCACAAUGAUUCAAGUAAAUCUGCUUAGAAUAGUGUAACUAAGCCCUCAUUUGCCAGCCCUUCUACAUCCUUUAUCGAGUUAUGGUUUAGGCCGUUGGAGGUUAUUGACUUUCACUUGCUAAGCCAGUUAGAAAUUAGGAGUAUCCCAUGACCUGAACCUGGGCUCGGUAUUGUUACCGUAUAGCUUAGCAAUUGCACAAGCCUGGUGGAGGCAAGAAUGUAAAAAAUUUAAAACAGGUUCUUCGAGCCUUCGAUACGUCUGUAUCAAGGUAAUGACCCUCAUAGUAAUAACAAGCAUUUGUUGAAGCUUUUAGAAUA